UACAAGGCAAUACACAUCACAUAAUAAUUGCCAGCUCGUAUAUUGACAUUCCUGUUUCUACUUUUAAAUUAGGUCUUACUACAUUGCUGAAUAUCAGAAUAUGUCAAUGUUAAUGGUGUUUUCUCAUGCCUGUUUCCACUUAGAUUAGGUUUUACUACAUUGCUGAAUAUGUCAAUGUUAAUGGUGUUAUCUAUAGGUUGGAUCAACACCAUACAUAUUCAAUCAAAGGUAAGUAAUUUUAAAUUAUUGAUUAAAUCCAGGAAAUGACCCAGACUUUUUGAUACAUUGACUAUGAAUGGUGGUGUAAUCUCUGAUUUUAAUAAUGGGGGCCUCUUCAGUAUGAUUGUGCUGAGCCAUUAGACCUGCAACUCCAUCAGCUGUUAGAAAUGCUAGCAGUUGACUCCCAAAAUGGCAAGAAUUUCAGACAAAUCUUUUUUGGUAUCUGGUUGUGAUCUCCAUCUUUGAUCGUAGGAAUGGCGAAAGAGCAAACAAUGAUGAUAGAUCCAAAAAGUGGUUUCUGCUCAGAAACAAAAAUUUACCAUAGCUUACUUCCUGCAGCUCCUCUUCCUCCAGCAACCACAUCUCUUUCAAUUUCAGACUAUGUAUUAUCUCUUCUACACCAACACUACACUAGUAGUACUUCAGACUUCUAUCCUGGAAGAGUCACUGCAUUUAUUGAGUCUGAAACAGGUGAUCGAGUUUCAUAUUCUGAGUUCCUCGGCAAGAUUGAAUCUUUAACUCAUUCUCUGAAAUCGGUCAUUGGGUUGUCUAAGGGAGACACAGCUUUCAUUCUGUCACCUGCAACUCCACAGAUUCCAGUACUGUAUCUAUCUCUUCUCUCUAUAGGAGUCAUUGUUUCUCCUUCCAAUCCCAUCAGUACUGCUACUGAAAUUUCUCACCAAAUAAACCUAUGCAAACCAGCAAUUUCAUUUGGCACUUCAGAAACUACUCACAAACUUCCUUCUGUUCUUCGUUUCCCAACAAUCGUGCUCGACUCGCAAAAUUUCCGCUCCAUGAUGCAUUGUUCAUCAAUUAGGCAGAAUCAGAUGGACUCAGAGGAGGAGAAGAUUAGUCAAUCAGAUACAGCAGCAAUCCUAUAUUCAUCGGGAACAACAGGCCGGGUCAAGGGCGUAACGUUGUCACACCGAAACUUGAUAGCAUCUGUAGCAGAGGUUUACGCAUACAAACAGAUGUUAAAGAUAUCUACAAGAGCUGUAAACUACUCUACAGUGCCUCUAUUUCACAUCUAUGGGUUUACUGCAAUUCUUGAAUCGGUCACAAUGGCUGAUACCUUUGUGAUUCCAAUGAAGAGGUUUGAUUUUAGCGGAAUGUUGAAGGCAAUAGAGAAAUUUAAGGUGACGGUUUUGGCUGCGGCUCCACCCGUGAUCUUGGCUAUGACAAAAUGUCAAUCAGCAACUGAAAGUGGAGGAAUAUUGGAUGGUUAUGAUCUGAGCUCAGUGGAAGGUAUCAGAUGCGGUGGAUCUCCGUUGCGCAUGGAGGUUAUUGUGAAAUUCGGAAAACUGUUCCCCAAUAUAGCCAUAAGACAGGGGUAUGGGAUAACUGAGGCUGCCUGUGCAAUCUUUCGAGCAGCUGAUGCUUGGGACUGUCGUCAACUUGGCUCAACAGGGAAGCUGGUAGCAAAUAUGCAAGUGAAGAUUGUUGAUCCUACUACGGGUGUUCCUUUACCUCCUUGCAAGCAAGGCGAGCUUUGGGCUAAAGGGCCGUCAAUAAUGGAAGGCUAUCUUGGUGAAGGGGCAGAAGGAAUCCCACCUGCAAUAGAUUCAGAAGGAUGGCUAAAGACGGGCGAUCUAUGUUACGUCGACAAUGAGGGUUUUCUUUAUGUUGUAGAUAGAUUAAAAGAAUUAAUCAAGUACAAGGGAUACCAGGUUCCUCCAGCAGAAUUAGAAGAAUUGCUUCUUUCACAUCCAGAUAUCCUUGACGCAGCCGUGAUUCCGUAUCCAGAUGAAGAAGCAGGUGAAGUGCCUAUGGCAUUUGUUGUUAGAAAACCUCAAACUUCAAUUGACAAAACUCGGGUCAUAGAUUUCAUUUCCAAACAGGUGGCGCCAUAUAAGAAAAUCAGGAGAGUGGAAUUCAUUGAUUUCAUACCAAAGAAUGCUCCUGGCAAGAUUCUGAGGAAAGAGUUAAAAACGCGUGCACUGUCUAAGAUGCUUGCCACUACUACUUCUAAGUUAUGAUGCACGUCUUGGAAAGGCUGUAGAUGUUUGCUGUUUUUGAAUAAAAUAGCAAGUGACAUUUGAAUUCAGAUCUCAACAAUAAUAAAUAAUGUUACGAGUCCAUCUCAUUUUCAACCUGUCAUUUUUUUAAUAUUUUGGUUUUGCUUC